AAAUUGAAAAAUAAUGGAAAGGACCAAAGGGCAAUUCGACUGUCUUUAGGUUUGUUCUUCUUGCAGCGGACAAAACGUCUCUCGCCUGCGAUUCCGACCUCUUCCGUCAGCUUUCCGUCGAAUUCCCCGAUCUGGAAUCAUAAUUGCACUCACAUAUCAGAUGUGCCAUCAAAAUUCGUGUGUGCAUUUCUCUGCUGAAGAGGCAGUUGCAGCUGAGGAGAGUCUGUUAAUAUAUUGCAAGCCAGUUGAACUAUAUAAUAUUCUUCAGUGUCGUGCUCUGCAAAAUCCUUCGUUUCUCCAAAGAUGUUUGCGUUACAAAAUACAAGCAAGGCGCAAGCAAAGAUUGCAAAUGACUAUCUCCCUAUCUGGGACAGUUAAAGAUGGGAUGCAAGCAAAAGAUCUGUUACCUGUAUACGUCUUGAUGGCAAAACCUGUUUCUGAUACUGAAGUUGCAGCAGGGAAACAGCAUUCUGAAGUUUAUCGCCUCAGUCGAGCUUGUAAACUGUCUUCUUUCACUGAAUUUGAGGGAUGGAGAAGAGCUGAAGCAAAUUUUAUUCUCCCUGAAAUGAAUAAGUUAUCACUUGAUGUCAAAGCUGGCAAACUAACCAUCUUGCUUGUCAGCUGUGGUGAAGCAAGAAAUUCUUUCUGUGAAGCUAAUGUUGGAGGAUAUUGUCUAUGGGGCAAGUUACCAAUGGAAUCACUCUAUUCGUCAUUGGAGAGGUCUGCGAGCUUGACCUUGGGGAAUAGGGCUGAAAUGCUCUCAAAUGUUGAUAUGCAAUCAUGCUUUUUGGAGCCAUGUUUUUUGGAGGAAGGCAGUUGUAUAACAUUUCAUUCUCCUCAUGAUUUGGGAACUAUGGGUUCACAAAAAGUUCAAGUUAAUAUUGUUGCACAAAAGGUUGGGGCAAAAGAAAAGUCUCCGUAUGCCUCAUACACAUAUAGGAACAUCCCAACUUCAUCAUUUUCUAACAUUAUCCGGUUGAGGGCUGGAAAUGUCAUUUUCAACUAUAGGGAUCGCAGUGACAUGCCACAAAAGAUUGAAGUAACUGAAAAUUUCUCUUGCCCAUUUUGCUUGAUGCAAUGUGCGAGCUUUAAGGGCCUGCGUUAUCACUUAUGCUCCUCACAUGAUCUAUUCAACUUUGAUUUCUGGGUGACAGAAGAAUACCAAGCUGUGAAUGUCUCUGUGAAAGUUGAUAUCUUAAGAUCUGAGAUCAUGGCAGAUGGAGUAGACCCACGAUUGCAAACAUUCUUCUGGUGCUCAAAGCCACACAAACGUAGAAGACUGAAGAACCAAGUUCAAAAUGCAAACCAUGUUUUCCUGCAUUUCUUGGAGUCGGGCUCACCUAAUUUUUUCAGUGAAGCACACAAGGGAUUUCUGGAAAAGGAUGAUGAUGCUCUUUCCUGUGAAGGUGAAAAGUCUUCCAUGUCAUUACCCUGUCAGAAAGAUUUGCAGAAUGCAAGGCCUGUUGCAGAAAGCUAUGCUAUUGGUAAACCUAGUGCUGUUGAAUGUAUUGAACAUGUUGCAUCAAACCUCAAUGAGACAGGUGUUCCAAUUGCCAUGGCUCAAUCUUCUGUGGACAUGGAAUGUGUUCAAUCAAUAUCUGGAAGUCCUACGCCCCCGGCCGUGCUACAGUUUCCAAAAACAAGGAAGUUAUCCUUUGAACGGUCAGAACCUAGAAAUCGUGCACUCCUGCAGAAGCGUCAGUUCUUUCACUCUCAUAGAGCUCAGCCGAUGGCUUUAGAUCAAGUAUUGUCAGAUCGGGAUAGUGAGGAUGAGGUUGAUGAUGACAUUGCAGAUUUUGAAGAUCGAAGGAUGCUUGAUGAUUUCGUUGAUGUUACCAAAGACGAGAAGCAGUUUAUGCAUCUUUGGAACUCAUUUGUGAGGAAACAGAGGGUGCUGGCUGAUGGUCACAUUCCUUGGGCUUGUGAGGCAUUUUCAAAACUUCAUGGGCAGGAGCUGGUCCAGGCUCCAGCUAUCUUUUGGUGUUGGAGGUUAUUCAUGAUCAAACUCUGGAAUCAUGGUCUUCUUGAUGCUCGCACAAUGAAUAGCUGUAACUUAAUUCUCGAAGGAUACCGAAAUGAGGUUUCAGAUACUAUGAAAAGCUGAGCAGAAGAUUGUUUGCUGUAUGGCAUUUGAAGUAAACAUAGAUGGUGCAAUGUGUCAUAAUUUUUCAUUUCAGGGUUUCCAUUCCAUUCUUUUAAUUAUUGAGCCAAAAAUGGGUUUAAUAUUCUUUCAUGUACAACAAAGGGAAAAAUGAGGGUUCCUUUUUAAGCUUGUAAUCUUAUGACAUUGUGGAUCCCCUCCUGUUCCAUGCUGUUCAGAUUAAGUUUAUACUAAACACUACUGAUGCCAAUAGCUCUCUUAGUGUCUUAUAUAUAUUGAGGAGCACAUAUUGCUACUAAA